AUGCUCUUGGAGAAUAAGCACCGCCAGGCCGGCCUACCCCCGAACAGCUUGUGCCCAAGUCGAGUGACUCGAGUCGAAGCAACGGCUUCGAGCGCCGGGUCGAGCGACUCUUCGCGUGCCUUGUGCUCCUUCGACCAGGGUCUACAAUGUGGACCUACGAUCCGUACCUUCCCCGGAUCUUGUGCCUGCCGAUCAUUAUCGUGA